AUGGUGACAGAAACAGAAGCACGAGCAAUCUAUGCUUCGUCAAUCCAUUUUGACGGGCUCAACAUCGCCAACUGGUCCCGCGAUAUCUUCGAAUCUUGGCACAAGGGCGGCAUAACCGGCGUCUCCUGCACAUGUGGUCUGUGGGAGGGCCUCCGUGGCAGCCUCGCCAACGUCGUCGAGUGGAAGCGGUGGUUCGAAGAGCACUCGGACCUGAUACUCCAAGCCCACAGCGCGGCCGACAUCCGUGCCGCUAAGGAGGCCGGCAAGACCGCGGUGCUCCUGUCGUGGCAGAACACGUCGGGCAUCGAGGACCAGCUCGACUACCUCCGCGUCUUCCGAGACCUCGGCGUGCGCAAGAUGCAACUCACAUACAACACGCAAAACUACUCGGGCGCCGGGUACUCGGAGGUGCGGGACAGCGGGCUGACGGGGUUCGGGCGCGAGGUGGUGGACGAGAUGGCCCGUCUCGGCAUCGUGUGCGACCUCUCCCACGUCGGGCCGCAGACGUCGGAAGACGUGAUCAUGUACGCACCGGACGCAAAGCCUCCGUGUUUCUCGCAUGUGCUUCCCGGUGGCUUGGUCGACCACCCCCGCAAUAAGUCGGAUCACUUGAUCAAGCUCAUCGGGAGCAAAGGGGGCUUCGUCGGCCUAUCCCAGUUUGGGCCGCAUAUGCCAAAGGGCAACGACAGCACAAUAGAGGACUAUGUGGAUGUCCUGGACUAUGUGAUCGGGCUGAUUGGCGAAGACUUGGUCGGCAUUGGAUCAGAUGCCAGCGAGGGACACGCAAGGCCAAGCGACUUUCUGGAAUGGUGUAACAGGGAUAAGGGAUAUGCCCGGCGUCUGACACCAUGGGGGAGCCAAAAGGUCGUUAAGCCACUUGGGCCGCUGGCUGAUCGGGCAGAGCUGGCCGUCGCCAUGGCGAAGAAGGGCUGGAGCGAGGAAAAGAUGAAGAAAGUCUUGGGCGAGAACUGGUUGAGAUACCUGGAGAAGAUUUUUGGGUCAUAG